CGGGAAGUCGGGGAGGAAGGGUGAUUUUUCUGCCAAGGUCCGUGCGGAAAACAAGGCGGCACGCAAGCGUGGCGGACCGCCAUUCCUGAGUCUUUCCUGGCCAUGGGUUCCCGGAGCCGCGAGCGUCGGGAGGGAGCAGUACAGGGCACCAACGACAGUAGCGCCCUCAGCAAGAGCUCCCUGGCCGCGCGUGGGUACGUACAGGACGCCUUUACCGCCUUGCUGGUUCCGAGGACUGCGCGCCGCGCGCCGCUCGUCCACCGAGGCUACUACGUCCGCGCACGCGCCAUACGGCACUGCGUGCGCGCCUUCCUAGGGCGGACGUGCGCGCUCCCCGACGUCCCUCGCCCCCAGAUACUGUCUCUUGGCGCCGGCUCCGACUCGCUGUAUUUUCGCCUUAAAACAGUGGGCUGCUUGGCCCGGGCUGCUGUCUGGGAGGUGGAUUUCCCAGAUGUGGCUCGUCGCAAGGCGGAGAGGAUUGGAGAGACGCCGGAGCUUUGCUCGUUAACCGGGCCUUUCCAGAAGGGGGACCCCGGGUCAGCGCUGUGCUUUGAGAGCCUGGACUACCGCAUCCUGGGCCUGGACCUGCGGCAGCUCCAGCGACUGGACGAGGCCCUGGCCGCCGCGGGCCUCGACGCGGCCUCACCCACUCUGCUCCUGGCUGAGGCCGUGCUGACCUAUCUCGAGUCCGAUAGUGCCGCCGCCCUCAUCGCCUGGGCAGCCCAGCGUUUUCCUAAUGCCCUUUUCGUGGUCUACGAGCAGAUGAGACCGCUAGACGCCUUUGGUCAGUUCAUGCUGCAACAUUUUCGGCAGCUAAAUUCUCCCUUGCAUGGCCUGGACCGCUUUCCCGACGUGGAGGCCCAGCGGCGCCGCUUCCUUCAAGCUGGCUGGACUGCCUGCAGUGCCAUGGACAUGAACGAAUUCUAUCGCUGCUUUCUCCCAGCGGAAGAACGCCGGCGGAUGGAAAAUCUUGAACCCUUUGAUGAGUUUGAAGAGUGGCAUCUUAAGUGUGCCCACUAUUUCAUUCUGGCAGCUUCUAGGGGAGACAUCCUCUCCCAAACCUUGGUGUUUCCACCCACAGAAACGUUUCCUCGGGUAGAUCCUGCUUCCCCUUCAGGAGUCUUCCCUGCCUGUGUAGUCAGUAGUGACAGCCAGAGCCCAAACCUUAAGAGAUAUGGCCACGACUCUGUCCUUUUGAGCCCGGGCAUUAUUCUCAGUGCAGGAGGAUUUGGAGAGCAGGAAGGGCGGCACUGCCGAGUGAGCAAGUUUCACUUGCUCUCAAGAUACCGUGACUUUGAAUGGAAAGGUAGCCAAAUAUGCAGUUGGGGGACUGGAGCCCAGUGGGAUGGACGUCUUUAUCACACUAUGACAAGACUUUCAGAUAUUCAAGUUCUGGUUCUGGGAGGGAGACUGUCCCCAGUGAGUCCAGCCUUGGAUGUUCUCCAACUUCAUUUUCGUAAGAGUAAGGAUAAUACCAUUGAGGACCUGAAUGUGAAAGUAAUAAAGGUUGGCCCAAAAGAAGAUUCCACUUUGUCGUGUUGGCGGCAUUCAACAACAGAAGUGUCCUAUCAGAAUCAGAAAUAUUUGUUUGUGUAUGGAGGUCGAAGUGUGAGUGAACCUGUACUAAGUGACUGGCAUUUCCUACAUGUAGGAACGAUGGCUUGGGUCAGGGUCCCAGUGGAGGGGGAAGCACCCGAAGCUCGGCAUUCCCACAGUGCCUGCAGUUGGCAAGGGGGAGCUCUUAUUGCUGGAGGUCUCGGUGCUUCUGAGGAGCCAUUGAGUUCUGUACUCUUUCUGAGACCAAUCUCUUGUGGAUUCCUCUGGGAAUCAAUAAACGUCCAGCCUCCUAUUACCCCAAGGUACUCCCACACAUCUCAUGUGGUCAAUGGACAGCUUCUACUGGUUGGAGGGGUCUGGAUUCAUUCCUCCUCGGUUCCUGGAGUAACUGUUAUCAAUUUGACUACAGGAUUGAGCUCUGAGUAUCAGAUUGACACAACGUGUGUGCCGUGGCCAUUAAUGUUACACAACCAUACCAGCAUCCUCCUUCCUGAAGAGCAACAGCUCCUGCUCCUUGGAGGUGGGGGGAACUGCUUUUCCUUUGGCACCUACUUCAACCCGCAUAUAGUGAUAUUAGACCUUUCUUCCUUAAGUGCUGGGCAGUAAGGACUAGACUAUAUAUUCAGGACCCACCAAAGUAGACAAUAAAGGUUUCCAUAAAGAGAA